AUGGAAGAAUGCGAAGUUCUCUGUUCUCGCGUCUGCAUAGUCGUUAAUGGUCGGCUUAAAUGCAUCGGCAGUUGUCAGAACCUCAAAUCUCGUUUCGGCCAUGGCUACACACUCAUUCUGCAAUUAGCAACAUCCUCAUCCUCUAUUCGUUCGCUUGGUCGCAGCCCUGGUGACACUGACUGCUGCUUAUUGCAGCAUCAAAUGCCGUCGUCUAGUCGCAGAGACAUCAACGGCAGCCCUGUGGGAUCGCCGCAUCAGCUGCCACCACUUUCCAGCUCCCGGCCAGCUUCUAUGCAUCACCCAAUAUCUAGAGGUCUACCCCGCCAUGCAUAUGCAGAUGUCAGCCCAGAAGACACAGUUGAACUGCCUGCAAGCGAAGGUGAAGGACCUACAGUUGGUGUAGCCGAAGUAAUGCAUUUCGUUUCGGAGAACUUUCCUGAUUCUCGACUUGUGGACCGACAUCAAGUAAGUUUCCAGUUUUCGAGAUCUAAGUUUCCGGUAUGA